GAAUCAUAAUGAAUAUUUCUGACGAAUUUAAUUCUUUAACUGAUAAAGAUGAAGAGAGUGAUAAUAGUGAUAUCGAAUUAUUAGCUUCUAUAUCUCAAACUUCAUCUACUCCAAAUUUAAAC